AUGUCUUCUACUGCAAACUCGUUUCGCACUAUCAUCGGUGUCCCCCCAUCGACUGCUUCCGUCCAAGACUCCACACUCAUCGUUGUCGACGCUCAAAAUGAAUAUGCCUCAGGCCACUUAAAGGUCAAAGGCGUUGAGCAGAGCCGCAGAGUGAUCUCAGGUCUUCUGUCUCGCUACCGACAGAGCGCCAUCAAGAAAAAUAUCGUUCACGUUGUCCACGAGGUUCCAGCAGGAGCCCCAGUCUUCACCCCAAAUACGGCUUUGGCAGAGGAAUUCAAAGAACUCACCCCUGAGUCUGGAGAGAAAAUCGUUACUAAGCACUUCCCAAGUUCUUUUGCUCAGACCGAUCUCGAUGAUUAUCUUAAGGAAUUGGGGGAUGUAGGAAAGAAGAUUGUGCUAGUUGGAUAUAUGGCUCAUGUGUGCAUAUCGACAACCGCAAGAGCUGGAAGUGAGCUUGGAUACGAUGUCCUCAUUGUGAAGGAUGCCGUGGGUGAUCGUGAUAUCCCUGGAGUGGAUGGAGAGCGCCUUACAUCUGUUGUUUUGAGUGAGCUUGCGGAUGCAUUCGGAAGUGUCGUUUCUGCGAAAGACAUCAGCUCAUAG